UUUUCCCCUCUCCCCUUUCUCCGGGGCCCCCGCCCAUGUGUGUCUCCCCCUCCCCCUUUCUCCGGGGCCCCUUUCUUUUGGUCUCUUGCUUCUUCCCUCUAUUCUUUGAGAUGGUCUCAUUUAUUCUGGACCUGUCUCUGGUCUUCCUGGUUUUUCUUUCCCACCCUGACCCCUUCUCUCUCUAGAUUGUUUACAUAUGAAGGGCUGUUCUCUCUCAGAGUUGCUCUCUCCUCUGAGAUACACAAAUCUAAGUCAGACCAUUGCCCCCCCCCCCCAUGUCCUCCCCAACCUUUUCUUUGAAUCAAAACUUCACCAAGGGUCGGGGGGUUGGUGUCCUGAGGAAUCUCCUGGAAUCUGAGUGGAGGGAAGAAAGGAAAUACAUAAGGAGUGAUUGAAUGGCCAGAUAAGGCCCUGCCUGAGCCACUUGGGGCUCACUGGCCCCGAGGGAAAGCUGCAGGGAGAGCUUACCACUCUUACCUCCAGAACUACCUAAGUUCUUGCCUAAUUUGAUCCUUCCCUGAGGGGGAAAAGGGGAGCAAACGACAGGAAACUCCCUUGCUCCCUCUCCUGUGCUCCUCAACCAGUCCCUCUCCCAACCCCCAAGGAUGGCACGCCAAGCCAAGAGCAUCCAAGAGCAUCAGCAUCGUGAAAAGCAACGAAAAAGUAUCUGGUGCACCAAGCCCGCCCCUCUUCAGACUCUGCCACUCACCUCUCUACCCUUCUCUGCCCCCCCCCCAAAUUUAUUUGGCUGGUCUGGACUCACUUGUGGCCUUUGAUUAAAUUCCUAAGGGGACUGAAGAAGACAUUUCUGCAGAGGGUUAGAGGCACUGCAGCAAGCAAGGACCCCACUCCUCAGCUCUGGCAGUUGUGGGGCGCACACGUUGAGGGCUGAAGGGCAGCAGAUGCUGCCACAAGUCUAGUUUCUAACCCCUCCCGUAGAAUCCUGCGAGAUGGGGAGCUAAAGGGGACUCGGUGAAAGCUGCUGCCCCACACUUCCGGGCAGGGCAGAGGUGGGUGUCAACCCCGGACUAGAGGUGGGGGGAGAGCCUGUUUGAGAUUAUGGCUGAUCCCUGGGACUAGCUUUCCCUCUGGGGACAGAAAGCUCUACAAGAGGGGACUGUGGAACCCCGGGGGACUUUCCUACCCUGCAUGAGGCAGAGGCAAGCUGCCUGCCAAUCAAUCCCCUUCCUCAAGGAAUGGCCUUGCCCAGGAACGCCUACCACACACACACUCUUCUUAUUUUUCUAGUCAACCUCUGUUUACUCCCUGGCCUGCCUUCCUCCUCCCUUCCGUCCUUCCUUCCUUCUCAAUCUUUACUUCUGAUUUCUAUUUCAUGGAAUUUGGGAUUGAAGUUAUACAACAGUGCCGCCAACAUCAAGUCUUGCAGGAAAAAAAAAUAACAAAGAAAUUUAACAAAAAAAAGUAUAUUAAUAAAAAAGUUCCAAAAAGGGGGGGACUGUCAUCUCCUUUGGGGUGCGAUGGCUUCUGACUCAAGCUCUCUGAGUGCCACCUGGUGGAGUGGAUGAAAAGUGAGGCCUCUGGGGAAGCCACAAUCCGGUAACAAUUCUAGACUCCUUUACCAAAGUGCCAAAGACAGGCCAGAGGUCAGAAACGUCAAGACGACUCAGCAAGGAGGCCCUAGAGGGGCGGGGUCCCGUGAUAGAGGCGGGGAAGAGGGAAGGGCCCGAACCGAGCACCAACCCCAGCUCUGUCCCAUACCAGGAAGUGCUGGGUGGGGGAUAGAGGAGCAAAGUUGACACCGAAGCCAGGAUGGUGGUGCCUUCGUUGAGACUUCAGGACCUAAUCGAAGAGAUUCGCGGGGCCAAGACGCAGGCCCAGGAACGGGAGGUGAUCCAGAAGGAGUGCGCCCAAAUUCGGGCCUCCUUCCGCGAUGGGGAUCCCCUGCAGAGGCAUCGCCAGCUGGCCAAACUGCUCUACGUCCACAUGUUGGGCUACCCCGCCCACUUUGGACAGAUGGAGUGCCUGAAACUGAUCGCCUCCCCCAGAUUCAUAGACAAGAGGGUGGGCUACCUUGGGGCCAUGCUUCUGUUGGAUGAGAGGCACGAUUCCCAUCUGCUCAUUACCAACAGCAUCAAGAAUGAUCUGAGCCAAGGGAAUCAGCCAGUUCAAGGCCUGGCCCUGUGUACUCUGAGUACCAUGGGCUCUGCUGAGAUGUGCCGGGACCUAGCCCCCGAGGUGGAAAAGCUGCUUCUGCAGCCCAGCCCCUAUGUGCGGAAGAAGGCUAUUUUGACUGCAGUGCACAUGAUCCGGAAGGACCCUGAGCUCUCCGGCAUCUUCCUCCCACCUUGUACCAAACUGCUUCGUGAGCGCCAUCAUGGCAUCCAGCUGGGCACUGUCACGCUGAUCACGGAGCUCUGUGAAAGAAACCCUGCAGCCCUCAGGCACUUUCGCAAGGUAGUGCCGCAGCUGGUACAGAUCCUCCGGACUCUGGUGACGACAGGGUACUCCAUGGAGCACAGCAUCUCUGGAGUCAGCGACCCCUUCUUGCAGGUCCAGAUACUCCGCCUACUUCGGAUCCUGGGACGGAACCAUGAAGAAAGUAGCGAGACCAUGAACGACUUGCUGGCCCAGGUCGCCACCAACACAGACACCAGCCGAAAUGCAGGCAACGCUGUCCUGUUAGAGACAGUGCUUACCAUCAUGGCCAUCCACUCUGCCGCCGGCCUCCGGGUUCUAGCUGUUAACAUUCUUGGUCGUUUCUUGCUCAACAAUGACAAGAAUAUUAGGUAUGUGGCUCUGACAUCAUUGCUGCAGCUGGUGCAGUCUGACCACAGUGCUGUACAACGUCACCGGUCCACUGUGGUGGAGUGUCUACAGGAAACGGACGCCUCCCUUAGCAGGCGGGCCCUGGAGCUGAGCCUGGCUCUAGUAAACAGCUCCAAUGUGCGAGCCAUGAUGCAGGAGCUGCAGGCCUUUCUGGAGUCCUGUCCCCCUGAUCUUCGGGCUGACUGUGCCUCAGGCAUUCUGUUGGCUGCCGAGAGGUUUGCUCCCAGCAAGCGGUGGCACAUAGACACCAUCCUGCACGUGCUGACCACGGCAGGAGCGCAUGUGAGGGAUGAUGCGGUGGCCAACCUGACCCAGCUGAUUGGAGAGGCCGAAGAGCUGCAUACCUACUCUGUGCGCCGCCUCUACAGUGCCUUAGCAGAGGAUAUCUCCCAGCAACCACUGGUUCAGGUGGCAGCCUGGUGCAUCGGCGAGUAUGGGGACCUCCUGCUGGAAGGUAACUGUGAGGAGACAGAGCCUUUUCAGGUGGAAGAAGAGGACGUGCUAGCACUGCUGGAAAAGGUGCUGCAGUCCCACAUGUCCCUGCCAGCCACUCGGGGCUACGCCAUCACAGCCCUCAUGAAGCUGAGCACCCGGCUCCGGGGAGACACCAAUCGUAUCCGUCAGGUGGUGUCCAUCUACGGGAGCUGUGUGGACUUAGAGCUGCAACAGCGGGCUGUGGAGUAUAACACACUCUUCCAGAAGUACGACCACAUGAGAGCCGCCAUCCUGGAAAAGAUGCCUCUUGUAGAGCGCGGUGACCCCCACGUUAAGGAGGAAGGGAAGGAGAAGCAAAAGGAGGCCCAGGUCUUGGAAGCGAAAGUCCCCACAGAACCCCAGACCACCAAACUCUUAGAUCUACUGGAUCUCCUGGGUGACACUUCUGGGCAUGCCCAGCAUCUUCCUCCUCUGGAUCCUUCCCCAGGGGAAGCCUUGAUUCAUCUCCUCGACCUUCCCUGUGCACCGCCACCCCCAGCUCCCAUCCCCAGUGUCAGAGUGUUUGAGCGGGAGGGCCUACGGCUGGAUCUUUCUUUCAUACGGCCCUCAGAAACCCCAGCUUUGCUCUUAGUCACCGCCACCACCACCAACUCCUCAAAAGAGGAUGUUACCCACUUCGUUUGCCAGGCAGCUGUGCCCAAGAGUUUCCAGCUGCAGUUACAGGCUCCCAGUGGGAACACAAUUCCAGCUCAGGGUGGUCUUCCCAUCACCCAGGUCUUCAGAAUCCUCAAUCCUAACAAGGCACCUUUGCGACUUAAGCUGCGCCUCACCUACAACCACUCUGGCCAGCCAGUACAGGAGAUCUUUGAGGUGGAUAACUUGCCUGUGGAGACGUGGCAGUAACUGGCCUGGGUGUCUCCAGGCUCCCGGUGUCUUAUUCAAGGAACAGACACAAAGACCCACAUAAAUUGCAAAGUAACAAGGAAACUUUAUUUAAAAGCAAAGUGAGUGUACAAAUUAGAAAGGCUAUGUAAACGGGUGAUGACCACAGACUUAAGGGCCCAGGGUAGCUGCCCGGUGUUCCUUUAAUAAAGUCUCAGGGAACGGAGGUGUUAGCUG